AUAUAAUACCAAACACGUUUUUAUAGCUAGAAACGUUUUAUCAUGUGCGGUCCUUUGAAAAUACCUAAUUAAAAACAAUUACACGAUGCAGUUUGGUGAAUUUUGUUAUUUUUUCAACAUGAUUAUAUUGAUUGUAUUAUCACUGCUGAGUUAUUCGUCGUGCGAAGAAUCUUCGAGUCCGAAAUAUCCGGAAAAUACGGCGGAUAUAUCGUCGAUAAAUAAUUUAGCGUACAAACCUCCGAUCACAUUGGAUCCGCGAAUUCGUAAAGCUCUGCUGAACGUUUUGAAUCGAUUAGAAGAACAGGAGAAAAGCAAAACCGCGGAUACGAAGUCGGAUGCCCAAAAAUACGAACAACAGCAGCAAAUAUUCGAUACGAAAUCGAAUCCAAAGCAGUACGAACAACAAGUACCAGUGAACGAUGAUGUGAAAUGGGAGUAUAAAUCCAACGAUUCCGGUAAAGAUUACGGUUUCUACGAAAUUAUCCAAGAUAAACCAUCGCCAACGUUACCGACAACAUCGACGACCAACGAUGAGAGCCCUGAUAAAGAAAAAACGGAAGACGAACCGGGAGCACUUUUUUUCCAAGUACCUGAUAAACAGGAGGAAGCAAGUAAAGAGAAACACGAAAGCUUGAAUUUGCAAGAAACAAAAAGCGCCUUAACUUCGGAUCUGAUAUUUGGUCAUUUGGAAGAUGAAAUAAAACAGGAGCGUAAAAACACGAAAGAUUCAAAUAACACGUCAAAUUCGCAGUCAGAAAGCGCCGAAGAAGACGUAGAAGUAUUUCAAGCUCCUUUAUUAACAGCUUUUACGUUGGAACAAGACGAACGAGGAUUACCGCGAAGGAUCAUACCUUUGGAUACGGCUGAACUGAGUUCCAUUUUGGACAAUAAAAUCAACGUUGAUCCUACCCAAGAAAUCAGAAAAGCUCGCGAACAGCAGAAUACACGUUCCUCAGAACCCCCUGCACUUCCGCAAAAUGACCAGAAACGUUACCAGUUAAAUUUAGAAUCCCAGUUGCUACAAUUACAAGAACAAAAACGUCAGCUCGAUUUAGAAAAACAGAGAUUUCUGAUCGAGCAAGAAAAACAAAAGUUUUUCGCGGAGCAAGAAAACAAUCGUAGAUUAAAAAUUGCUUUAGAAUUAAGGGAUAGAGAAAAUUUCUUCAGGUCGAUUAAGCAAAAUGAAAUACCAAGACAAGAAGUAGCGUUACAAAAAAGCAUCCCAUUAGAAAUUUAUAAUAAACCUGUUAUUUUACAGCCCCUUCCUCUAGUUCCUGUACCACUUAUCCAAUAUAAGCCGCAGUUCGAAUUCCCCGAAACAGUAGAUAGACAAUUGCAAAAUUUAUUUCAAAGAUCAGGAAUAACUCAAGGUAAACACGAAGAUUUAAAUAUUGUAUCUAAAGUAUUGGCUUUAAAUUAUGACGAAAAAGAUAAACCAAAAAUCUCUGCCGAACGAUUACGUACCGCUUCUGGAAAUUUUAGAACUAAGAGAAGACCAGACGAUAAAUUUUGGGGCGUUUAGAAAAUACUUACCUAUAUUGAAUUUAUGUGGUUGGGUACCUACCUAUAUGAAGACCUAUUUGUAUCAAUUGCUAACAACGAUGGGUAUAUUUAUUGUGCAUUUCAUUUAGCAUUUAUUCAUAUUUAUUAUGAACAUUCUUCGUCAAAGAACGUUAUGAAAUGAAAGGAUUUGUUGAACUUGAAGAUGAUUUCAUUUCAGUGUUGCAAAACAAUGUGUUUUUAAAAAAAUACCUACAAAAAGUAGGAUUACAUUUUUUUUAAAUUUAAAUGUUAAAACAAUCAUAAACAUUGUUUUUUAAGACGUGUGUUCUGAACAGAAAAACGAAAAAUUUUUUAUAUCUCCGUUUGGUUUUUUUUGAUGUUAAAACAAUUUUAAAGAUUUCAACAUCACGUCUCGUUUUUUUUUCAGAAACUGAAUUACUUUCUAUGCCUACUAAAAAUAUGAUUGAGUUGAAAAUAAUACCUAUGUAUUACAAUUCAUUCAGUGUUUUAAAAUUUUUUUUUCAAACGAAGUUGAAAAUUUUUUUUUUUUUCGAAAAUUAAACUUGAAAAAAACGCUUGAAACAUUUUUUUUAAAAGCUCAUGUUUGUAUUUUUCUUACGUUUUAAGCGUGUUUGCGACAUGUUUUAUUCAAACAGGGAGAAAAUGAGAAAUAUUGUACUCAUGGAUUUUUUGUAUGAUUUAUUUACAUUUACGUAUUACCUAUUUUUUUGUUCAUUUGUUGCAAGGUAAGUGCACCUAGAAACGCUCACCUCUUUGAAAUUAUAUUUUCCCAGCCUAUUGGUUUAAUUUUUUUGCAGUUUCAAGUCCCCGAAUUCGUCAUUUAAUGAAGGUGGGCUAUAUUAGGUACACUUGCCAGUGUUGAACCAAUUUUUAUGAACAAUGGUAUUUUUUAAAAAUAUAGCCAUUGAAUAAAAAUUAGGUGUGUUUUUUUUAAGGUUUUAUACUUAAUCUCCUUUUUUUUUGUGAUUUUUGUACCUCACAAGUUACCUGUAUUUAGAAAACUAUCGAUUACCUACCCAAGAAAGCAUUCUAUUGAAUACCUACUGAUGUACCUACCUAUUAUGGUUACUUACCUUUUACCUAACUAACCUCAAGCUUUUUUGUUAUCAACGAUUUCUUAUUAAAAAUUACGAAUGUAUGUACCUACUUACCUAUGUAUGUACUUAUUACCGAUUUUAUUGUUGUAAAAAAUAAAUUCAAUUCUGGAUUUUUGAA